UCCAACAAUCGGAUUCGUAUUCUAUGGGGUCUCAUGAGCUAGUGUGCCAAAGGGCGUUUAGUUGGAGCUUCAGUGCAUCACCUUCGUCGAAAGAGGCCCUUUCUGAGAUUUGGCCGAUGGACUACAUGCCUUCGACUUCGAGUUGGAGCAAAGUAUUUUGUCUGAAAAGCAACACUUCAAGACGUAGAUUCUACGUCCCAAAAAGUCGUCCACUGACCGUUUGACUAUUGAGAUUGUUGAGCUUGACUUUGAAACACCUGUCAAGGCGGGGGACCAGCAAAUCUGUCUGCCACUACAACAUGUAGCAGUAGAUCUACGAUACCAGGCACUUUUCAGACUCUUUUACCAGGGUCAAGUCCGUUCGCAGUUUCGAGUUUCAGAGGGAAUCGAAACUAAUACUUGCUCAAUACUUGUGAUUGAAAUACGAGAGGCUACUGGCUAGGUACGUGAUAUAUAGUUAGUGAUCAGUUAGUAUUACAAGUACGCCGUACCCCCGCCGUCUUGGUCUUGACGAACGUGAACACUUGACUCGUGAAAUCGUAACGCCCUCAGCACUAAAUUGAAUCCGAUUAGGAUCAUUGAGUGCACCAGCUCUGUGGAGAAUUUGGUAGAAUUUCCUACCCCAAUCAAGCCAGGAUCACCAGACUAGUAUACCGGUAGUAGAAAUAAAUAAUAGACGAGCAUUAGUGCGACAUACAAGCCAAGGACAGCGAUUUGUGGCCAGAAUGAGUGGGCGUGGAAGGAUGCGCGGGGGUAUGCAGAGAGGUGGCCGCGGGGGCCGCAGCAGUCUUGCUGUCCGGGAGGUUCGUGCACCGUCAUCGACCACCUCAAUCACCCUCAAUGAGAGGUUUUCGGCCGUCUCAUCAUUUCAACAAGACCGUGGUCGAGGAGGUGGAUGGAAUCGUGGUGGUAGGGGAGGUGCUCGUGGUAGGGGAGAUGCUCGUGGCCGAGGUCGUGGCGCUGGCAAUGGCCCUGAGCAAAACGGCCGUCCCUUGGGUUCGGGCAGCAGGAAAAACCAGCAGCUGGCUGCACGCCUGCAGGACAGAGAAGAGCGACGAGCCACACGCGGUGUACCACGCGGUGGACGGCAAGGUCGUGGUCGACGUGGCGGAGUCAAUGGCGCGACGGCGAUUUCGGGCACGGGGCUCGACCACUCCAAGAUCCAGCAAGCACGUCGCAUCGCCAAUCGCCGCGAGGCGCAGGGCACGGCGAGUCAGCCAGGCGGCCGCGGUCGAGGCCUUCUGCGCAACUUGGCUCGUGGCGGUGGCCGUGGUGGUGGUGGUGGCACUGGCGCUUCACGCGGAUCAAGAGGCGUUGCCAAUACCGGCCGGGGUCGAGGUCGUGGCCGCGGCCAAGCCGUGAAGCGAGGCCUGGGCGAGCGCGCUGCGGCGGUGGCAGCAGUGGUGGCGACAAUGGGCGGUGUUCGUCGCGGCGCAGCCACAGCCGCCACCAGCAACCGAGCGAGGGGCCGUGGCCUGCGCGGCAGAGGUCGCGGUGGUCGCGGCGUUGGACGUGGACGCGGUGGCGGCCGUCCUGCCCCGUCGCGCGAUACACUAGACUCGGAGAUGGAUGACUACAUGGCAGGUAACGUCAACACUAUCAAUUUUGACUAGACCAAAAGACGCGCCCAUAGCCAACUGUGCAUAUUGGCGAGCGGAACGCCGCGGUGAACAUGAUUGGCCCCAUUCCGUAUCUGCACAUAGCAUGGGGAAGAGGUGGCAACCAGAGUACUUCUUGAUACGCUUUCCUUUUAUGGCUGCGCUCACAUGAACGGAUGAGCGACAGUCGCAGUCCUGCGCUCCGUUCACACUGCCUGCUGCAUUUCUCUCCGUUCCUGUUCACACCACGCUGGCUGGCUGGCAUCCGUAUGCGGUGAUCACCAGCGGUAGAUCUUUGUACCCAACCCCCACGCUUCCCUUACCAACCCCACUGGCACCUCGUUAUACCGACUGCACCUUAUAUUUGAAAUUAUUCCCACAAUUUCUAUGCCAUAUCGGUUUUGUCCUCGUCCUGAAGGACAGCAGAAACUAACUUGAAACUAUGCCUAGUUUAGGUCCCUAAAACCAAUAGCCUUUUUCUCACCAACUAAAACCCCAUUGAUCUUUAUUUCUUACACGAGAUAAAAAUAUAUAUACAAGACAAUAGCACUACUUAUUUGCCUAGAUCGACAGUAGACUAUGACUGUAGUAAAUUAAUAUUAUAGAGGAAAGGUUAGGGUUCACAUUUUCUUGUGCAUGUGCAUGCAGCCGUGCAUAGGACUUUCGGAAAUCAGCUUCAAUGUUUUAUGUCUUCAA